AUGGCAGUGAUGCUGACUGAGAAGAACACACAGAUCGCCACCUUGCAGUGUGAGACGAAAGAGAAAAAUGCGAGCGUCAAAGUGUUGGAAGCUGCUCUGCAAACUGAAAAAGAGCUGGAUGAAAAGCUGAAAAAGCUAGUGGAGAAAUUUGGCACAGAUUCUUGGAGAGUAAUCGCCAACUUUUUUCCUGGAAGGACAGAUGGUCAGUGUAUGCACCACUGGCAGAAUGUACUCAACCCCGAGCUAGUGAAAGGGCCGUGGACAAGGGAGGAGGAUCAGAAGGUGAUCGCCAUGGUGCAUAAGUACGGUCCCAAACGCUGGUCGGUGAUCGCCAAGCACCUCCAGGGCCGCAUCGGCAAGCAGUGCCGCGAGCGUUGGCACAACCACCUCAACCCGGAGGUGAAGAAGACAGCAUGGACACGGGAGGAGGACCGCGUCAUCUACGAGGCCCACAAGCGGCUGGGCAACCGCUGGGCUGAGAUCUCCAAACUACUGCCCGGGAGGACGGACAACUCCGUUAAGAACCACUGGAACGCCACCAUGAGGAGAAAAGUGGAACAUGAGGGCUACCUACAGGACGCACCAACCUGCCCCGACGAUCCCAACAAAGAGCAAAGAAUAAAGGAGCUCAAGCUGCUGCUUAUGUCAGCCGAAGCCGAGAGCGAAGUCCGGCGCAGAGUCCCAAGUGUAAACACAGCGCUCUUCCCAGCAACUGUUGGAUGUUAGCUUGCC